AGCUUGAAGACACACCCGAAGACAUGAAAUCCGUGGUGGAAAAAACCGAGCUAGAUAGCAUUGCAUCAUCCCCAUUAAGAUACAGAAGACCUUGGGAGCUUCUAUGGGGAAAUAUCAGCAAAGGCAAUGUUUGUGUAGCCGGCGACGCCCUUCAUCCCAUGACUCCGGACCUCGGACAAGGCGGAUGUUCGGCCUUGGAAGACGGCGUUGUUCUGGCAAGGUGUCUUGCCGAAGCGUUAUCGAAACCAGCUGGGGAAGAAAUCAACGAAGGAGAAGAACAUAAGAGGAUUGAAAUGGGGUUGAAAAUUUUCGCUCAAAGGAGAAGAUGGAGAAGCUUUGAUCUCAUUACCACGGCUUAUAUGGUGGGUUUUUUACAGCAAAGUAGUGGGAUGAUUAUGAACUUCUUGAGAGAGAAAUUCUUUUCUAGAUUCUUUCCUGGAAUGCUGUUAAGAAAGGCUGGUUUUGAUUGUGGCAAGUUGGAGUAUUGA